AUGAAUCCUUCAGUUUCUAUCUUCUCUAUCGCACUGAUCGCUUUCCUCUGCCUCCAUCACCGUGUUCACGGAUCUUCCCACUUCGAAGGUUUUGAUGCUGAAGACGACGAUGUUUUUGACGAUUCCACUGAGCUUCACCACUCGCUUCGUCCACCUCUUGUGACUCAGUCUGAGUCAACGACUCUAGAUCUGGAGCCACCGUCCGAAUCCGAUUAUACCCCGACAUCUAAAUCGGACCCUCCGAGCCAGACCGCUUCCAAGAAGCCCUCCUCUAUCUCGUUCGAUUUCUGGGAUGAAGAUGAGUUCGAGGGAUUGCCGGAGGACGAUAAGACGACGGAUUCUCCAGUCAUCUCCGAAAACACCUCUCCUGCCGAUCCACAGACGCCAGAUCCGGAGUCUGCCUCAGAUGCCCUAGACAGUGCCAUUCCGAAGAAGAAGCCAUCGUACACGGUGGAGAUCGUCUGCGUCUCAAUCUUGAUUGCUUACGCAAUCAACUACUUCACUGGAAAACGUGAGAACGAAAACUUGGCUUUGACUUGGGCAUCGAAAUUCGGUCUCAAAGACACGAUAUUUGAGAAAAACUUCAGUUUGCUGGGAGUUGGAGAAGGAGAGGACUCGCCGUUGUUGCUGAAAGAAGCUACGAACGUGUUUAAGUUCUACGCAAGUGGGCGUAGGUAUUGCCAUGGGCUGUUGGCAACCAUGGAGCUCAAGAGCAGACACGAUCUGAUCUCAAGGCUCUUUAACUCGGUGGUCCCUUGUAAAGAUGAGAUCAGUUUCGAGGUAUACAUGAACGACGAUGCUAUGGACCACAUCGUGUUUGCGAUGGCGAGGAAGAAGGCAGCCAAAACCAUGCUCAAGGAGCUGAGAGAUCUGCAGAGAUUCGGAGGACUUGUGCCGGUUCCCUUCGGGAGGAAAUGGGUAUCUGAGGAGUUAGCUGUCAUCUCCGAGUCCAAGGAGGUAGCUGGGGAUAUGAUCACAGAGGUUGUACUUGAUCAGGUUUUUGGUGACAAGUCUUUUGAAAAGUUUGGGAAGAAUUUCUUGUCAUUGCAUUUUUCGGACCAGCAUCCUGGGAAACACAGGAAGAUGCUGCUUUUCAAGUUUGCCCUACCUGAUGCUAAACAUAUGGAUGAUAUGGUUCGGUUGGUAGCGCUAAUUCCGUAUUACAUUGACUUAGUUGGACGCUACAGGCUCAGCUCACAGGCACGGAACAAAACUGAGGGUGCUAGGCAAAAGGCGGCGCAUGAAGCGUACAAGGAACUUGAGAAUGUGAGGCAAGAGGCAUUGCUGAGAAAGAAAGCCGAAAGGAAGAAAAUACUAGAGGAGGCGGAGGCAAAGCUUAGCGCUGAGGCUCUAAGGAAGAAAGAGGCCAAAGAACGUGCUCGGCAGAUGAAAAAGUCAAUGCCAAAAGUUAAGAUGAGUCGUGGUCACUAG